UGUUCCCUCUCUCUAUCCCUGUGUGUGUGUGUGUGUGUAUAUGAGUGUGACCAGGGUCGGUUGCAGAGCUUUAUCUCAGUAGGAUGGGGUCAGCAGCGCGGUGACAGCUGGAGACUGGGACAAACAAGCGGACCAGAGGCUGGCAUAGACCCGCAGCGAGCCAUGUUCGCCAAGGGGAAGGGCACCGUGGUGCCAUCCGAUGGGCAAGCCCGGGAAAAGUUGGCUUUAUAUGUCUAUGAGUAUUUGCUACAUGUUGGGGCUCAGAAGUCAGCACAGACCUUUUUAUCAGAGAUACGGUGGGAGAAGAACAUAACGCUGGGAGAGCCUCCAGGAUUCCUGCACUCGUGGUGGUGUGUGUUCUGGGAUCUGUACUGUGCUGCACCUGAAAGAAGAGACACGUGUGAACACUCGAGCGAGGCCAAAGCUUUUCACGACUACAGUGCAGCAGCAGCUCCGAGCCCAGCGCUGGGGAACAUGCCCCCCGGAGACGGGAUGCCAGGAGGACCCUUACCUCCGGGCUUCUUCCAGGGUCCCACCGGCUCCCAGUCGUCCCCCCAUCCUCCACUUAACGCUAACAUGAUGGGAGCUCACGGACAGCCCUUCAUGUCGCCGCGUUACGCAGGAGGACCUCGGCCGCCAAUCAGGAUGGGGAAUCAGGCACCUGGAGGGCAGCCUUUACCUCCCAACGUGAUGGACCCAACACGACCUCCAGGUCAUCCUAAUCUGGGAGCCAUGCAGAGAAUGCCUGUGCCUCGAGGGAUGGGGCCGAUGGUACCGGGACCACAGUCUGAUCCCUGGUUAUCACUGCAGAACUACAGCAGUGGGAUGAGGCCUCCCACCUCUAUGGGCCAAAGCAUGCCAAAUAUGGGUCCGGGGACCGGCAGGCCGUGGCCUAAUCCCAACAACGCUAACACAAUCCCAUAUUCCUCAUCAUCUCCUGGCACAUAUGUGGGUCCUCCAGGGGGAGCCGGAGGAGGAUGUCCACCAGGAACUCCCAUCAUGCCCAGUCCAGCAGAUUCCACGAACUCUGGUGAAAACCUGUACACUAUUAUAAACUCGGUGCCGCAGGCCGGAAACAGAUCCAGUUUCCCGUUGGGUCCAGACGGGCCCUUGGGGGGACUGGAGCCGCACCACAUGAACGGAUCAUUAGGCUCAGGUGACAUCGAUGGAAUUCCCAAGAAUUCUCCAAAUAACUUGGGCAGUCUGAGUAACCCUCCCGGCACUCCCAGAGACGACGGGGACUUAGGAGGGAACUUCCUUCACUCUUUCCAGAAUGAGAACUAUUCUCCAACAAUGACCAUGAGCGUGUGAUCGGCGAGUUGCGUCAGCGCCCCCUAGUGGCCCGGCACCACAGUGAGAGCUGGAAUCUACUGAUUGCACCAAUGGGAACAACGUGAAAACGAGAGAAACUCCUGCUGUACAGCGAUUAUUUCCUUUUUUAAUCUUUUUUACCGUAGUGAGACGUGGUCGCUGCGGUGUUGCUGGAUCUUUUGGAAAGCAGAUACAGGACCAGCGCUGUGGUGGACGAAACCAAAAAACAGAAGAAAGGAAGGAAAAGAGAAAAUAACGAAUAAUAGAACUCAAAAUUUUCUUCGUUACUACAUAAUUUAUCCACAACAUUCCAGAAACUACCUGAUGAUGCCUUCGUCUAUGUCUGAACUUUUCUUUUUCUUGGACGGCUGCCUUGGAAAUGCAUCUGUUUUUAUUUUUUGGGCUCAUUUUUGCUAUUUUUAUCUCAACACUCCUAUAAAUUAACCCGUUCUGAUUCUACUGAGGGGGUGGAUGGAUGGAUGGAUGGAUGGACCAAUGGGAGUAAAGACUGAGUAUCACUUCCAUUUAAAUGUCAUAGACUUAAAAAAAAAAAAACGUUUAUUUUAUUUCUUAUUUUAAAGUAAAUGUGAUCAGUUUUUGUUACAUUUUUUUAGAUUUAUUAAUUAUUAAUGAAUUUUGGAUAGUCAUUCUUUAUAUAUUGUUAUUUGUGUGUGAUCAGCCUGAUUUAUGUUAAAGCUAUGUUCGCUUAAAAAUACAAAAAUGAAAACAUAAGGGACAAGAUUUGCUUCAAAUUUGCUUUAAAUAACAUUAAUCACAAACGUGUUCUUUUAUAGCUACUGUUGGGAGUGUGUGCUAGUGCAUCUCGGGGGAAAAACAAUUAAAAUAUCAUCAAAAGGUGAUUUUAUUUCAGUAAUUUAGUUGAAAGUGUGGAAUUCAUUUAUUAUAUAGAUGUAUUAAACACAGAGUGAUCUAUUUUAGGCUUUUAUUUGUCUUAUUGUUGAUGAUUAUGGCCACAAAUCUGUCUCGGAAAAUUAGAAUAUUAUCCUCCCGAGACCCUCACUUUAGGAUCUAACGAGCAAAAAAAACAAUGUCUUCAAUUAGAAAUUGUUGUUUAUUUUAAAAUUUAAGCGCUAUUAAGACCCAAUUAGUCCAAAAAAUAACUUUUAUUGGCCUGUAGCCUGCAAUAUUAGCAUUAGCUGCUAACCACGCUAAGCGCUAGCUCUUUCACUAUUCAGAGGUGAGUAUAUCAGACUGUAGUCUGCAUGUUUACUGUGUUAAAACAAGCUACGUGGCCCGGACCGCCAGCUAAUAUUGCCCUGGCUUAUUGUGCUGACCGUGCUGUCGCUUGUGGUUAGCCGCUAAUGCUAAUUCGGGAAUCUAGGCUUACUGUAAAAUAACUGAAGCGCUUUACUCAUCUAAAUAAACAGUUUUCAGGUGAGAAAUCUGUGUAGAUUAACAUCUUUUCACAAUUUCACUUUAAAAGAAAGCAUUUUAUUACAGUUUUUUUUACUUAGCUUAGCAUCGCUUAACUUAGUUAGCUACCUCCUCCCACCACCUCCACCCAGCAGUGAGGCCUGCUCAAUAAGAAGUUCCUUAUAGUGUCUCUUUUCUUUCGAAAGUGAGCAAAUAAACAUUAGAAGAACAGUUUCAAACAUAAUACUGGAUGAGUUUUUUAUAUCUGACCCAUGUUUCUGUCUGAACUGGCUGUAGAAACCUCUGAAUGGGAUUCCCACCCUCUUGAUUUCAAUCAGUUGAGUGUUGAAUGUUGUCAUGUGACCACUAGAUGAUACAGCAGUGUGACCAUAUAAGGCUAAAGGGUUAAAGUUUUGCAAAGUUAUUAUAAGUAUAAUGGUGCAGAGAAGCAGAAAUGUCUCAAAAUGUUAUAUGUAAGUCCAAUUGGUACUUUUGGCAGUGUGCGAAAUUCUGCUGGAAAAUGAAAUCCUCAUCACCAAAAAAGUUGUCAGCAUAAAACAGUGGAUCAACGUCAGACUCCACAUUAAAUUCAUGUAUUUAAGGUCAAUUUAUAGAAAAUAACUAAGAUAUAAGAUGUUUAUGAAGAUUACUAAUAUUUGAAUCUACUGAAUCUAGUAUCGAUACAAUAUAUCGCAAUAUCAAUAUAUUGUGCCACUCUGUAGCCACUCUGAAUGACUCUGCUUACAUUAAAACAACUGAAUAAUGCAGAAAUUCAGGAAUACAGCUCUGGAAAAAAUAAGAGAUCACUUAAAAGUGAAGAGUUUCUUUGAUUUUACCAAAUUAAAAACCUCUGGAAUAUAAUCAAGAGGAAGAUGGAUGAUCACAAACCAUCAAACCACCAAACUGAACUGCUUGAAUUUUUGCACCGGAGUAAAGCAGCAUAAAGUUAUCCAAAAGCAGUGUGUAAGACUGGUGGAGGAGAACAUGAUGCCAAGAUGCAUGAUUAAAAACUGUGAUUAAAAACCACCAGGGUUAUUCCACCAAAUAUUGAUUUCUGAACUCUUAAAACUUUAUGAAUAUGAAUUUGUUUUCUUUGCAUUAUUUGAGGUCUGAAAGCUCUGCAUCUUUUUUGUUAUUUCAGACAUUUCUCUUCAAGUCUCUGUAAAUAAAUGCUCUAAAUGACAAUAUUUUUAUUUGGAAUUUGGGAGAAAUGUUGUCUGUAGUUUAUAGAAUAAAACAACAAUGUUCAUUUUACUCAAACAUAAACCUAUACAUAGCAAAAUCAGAGAAACUGAUUCAGAAACUGAAGUGAUCUCUUCAUUUAUUUUAUUAUUAAGAUUAUUAUCUAUUAUGAGGGGUGUCCUCAGACUUUUGGACAUAUGGUGUAUUAUAUUAAUAUAGCAAUGCUGGACAUAUAUUUAAAUAAAAGUUAAGUGAGUUUGUUUUUAGAUCAUACUGUUUCUUUGUCUUUUCGGAUGCUUUUCGGUUCGUAUUUACCACAGCAACAACUCUGAAGCAAAACAGCAAACUGUUUGCAGGCUUUCUUGUGUACAGACUUCAGAAGAGGCUUGAGAGAGUCUGAGAGCUGUACCACAAAAUUGAACACACCUGCUCCCUAUGCACACCUGAGACCUAGUAACACUAACGAGUCACAUGACAUUUUGGAGGGAAAAUGACAUGCAUUAUUAUUAAUUCAGCAUUAUUAUUUAUUAUUAUUAUUUAUAUUAUUAUUUAUUAUAAGAGGUGUCCUCAGACCUUUGACCAUAUGAUGUAUCAUAUUAAUGUAGCAAUGCUGGACCUAUAUUUAAAGAAAAAUUCAGUGCAUGUGUUUUUAGAUCAGACUGUUUCUUUGUCUUUUCCGAUGUUUUUUCAGUUCGUAUCUUGUCUUCUCAGGAGAUGGAUGGUCUGCUGUGCUGUAAACUGCUAUCAUGUGUUGAUAAGUGCUUCUUCCCAUCCUCUCCUAGUCCUUAUCUGCGUGUAAAUGUGCAGCGGACAGAGCCGGGACUCCAGACGAUUGAAUUAAGUCUAUUUUGAUACGUUUAUUAAAGCUUUUUCGUCCUUUUCUGAAGCUGUUUUAUCUCAGAGAGACACUCUGGAUCUAGAGCAUCUGCUGUAUUCUUCUAUUUUUCUGCCAUAAGAAUGUACAUACUGUUUACACGGCUCUUCUUCAAGCUAAAACACAGACACCUAUGGCUACAUAAUUAAGAUUAAAUUAUUUUACCAUCCGUAUCGAUCUGAUAAUCAAUGCAACACGAUUUAUUUGCCUCUUCAUGUUCUAAAAAUACAAAAUAAACAUAUAUGAACGUU